UGGAGCUCUGUGCAGGAUGCAGUGCUGUAGUGAUAUCGACUGAACCUUGGAGCGGAGCAGUGGAUAGCGGGAGCUGCUUAACUGGAGAUUUGUAUAUGCAAGAGAAAGCUGCAAGUGUUAGUCUAUUAAACAAAACAAAAAAUUAGUAGAAAAUAAAAUAAAAAACAAACACAAUAAUGGAUGUUGCCACGGAAAUGACCUAUGCGGUACCUGCAAUGAUAUUCAGCGUCCUAGCCAUUAUUUUGGCAGCUAUAUUUCUAAAAAUGAAAUUAGCCAUUCCCAAAGACCAAGACGCAAACAAAUCCGACGACGCCACAGAUGGUGCAAAGAUUUCUGAGCAACCGGAGGGAGAUGCAAAGGCAGCAGACGGGGAACAAACAAAGACGAGCAAGGAUGCAGAACCCGCAGAGAUAAAGAAGGGGGAAGAUGUUAAUGUGAAGGAAAAGAACGAGGCAAGUGCUGCAGCGACAGAGAGCAGAGACUCGGAGGACGUGAAGGGGAAAGCCGGGGGUGCUGCUGGGGGAGAUAAGCUAGUUGUGGAGGAAAUCGGAGCAGAGGAUGGGGGGAAUCUGAAAACAGACGUGGGCAAAGUUGGCGAGUCUGAGGAGCAGGGUCACCCCCGUCAAGAAGACAAUGCCACAGUCAACCGUGAGGAACGAGAGAGUGAGGCAGAGACUGGGGGGUCAGUGCAGGCUUCUCCAGAGCCGGUGGAUGGUGAUGACCAUGAUGAGGACGAGGACGAGGACGACGAUGACGAAUACAAAGUGAACCUGAAGUACAGCCUGGGGAAGAUGAGAGCCAGUCAGUAUGAGACCAUAAUGACCAGAGAGGAGCAGGAGCAGGAGCAGAGGGUAGAAUUCACAUCUGAUUUUACUUCUCUUUAAUCAACCAGGACAGCCACUGUUUUAGAAACCCAUUGAGCCGAAGUAAAGACUUAAAGCCCCCCACCCCCAUCCCCUACGCCCUUUUUUUGUUGAGACGAGGCCUCUUCAGGACAUCUUGAAGACUUCUCUCCGCACAGCUUGGCAUUCACUGUUGCUGGCAAUGCCACCUCGCUCCACAGAAGUGAAAGGCUGCUGGACCAUCUCACAGCGCAAUAUCAAAUCUGCCUGAUAUUUACAACAAAUCUCACUUUUUUUCACAUUGUAAAAGACUAGAUGUUUCCACAUACUAGUCACAUCAACACCCGUAUCUCUCUUUUUUUUCCAUUUAUUUAAUCUAGUCGUCUGCAUGCCUGACUCUGAAAGCAUUUGUUCCACCAUGUAUUCGCGUAUUAAAAUCUUUAGGAUUACAUUUUCCUCUCUGAAUGUAUUUCUGUUUGUUUUUUUCCAGGGAGGCUGACCAUUUAGAGUGAAAUUUGAACACAUUAUUUUGGAACAGAUAGAGAUCUAGAUACAGCUGUGCCUAGGCGUGUGUGUGUAUGUAUGUUUGUAUGAUUUAUUUCUUUCUUUUCAGCUAAAGUAUUUAUUAGUGUUGGUCAAGGGAAUACACAGGCACCCUGAAUUUUUGUUUGUUCUAUGAGUCUCAGAUGUGCAGUUUUGAAAGAAACACAUGCUAUUGUAAACAUAUACAUUUUUAAUUUUAAAACAUAAUGGGCCAUAGUUUCAAAGGGCUUCUUCCAGUCUAACUCCUAAAACAUCUGUACAUUUUACAAAACUAGAACCAAACAACUGAGUUGCAAGACUGCACACUGUGACCGUGUAAAACACGUAAUAUUUAAGUAAUUGCCACAAGUACACAAUAACUUUAGUUGUCAGGGUUGGUAGGAAUGUGGUUUGACGAACAAUAAUAGUGCUUUACUUUUUGAUUUUCAUGAUAAUUUUGUGCUUGAAAUAGCAGCCUGUUUGACAAAGCUCUUGGGCAUCAAGUGAAAGAUAAGAUCUCAUUGUGAGGGUGUGAAUGAGCAGGAAUAUCACACGGGUAGCUGUGGGAUAGAAAAGGGUUCUGGGUGAAUACAGGUUGAGUUUAUAUUCUUGUUGGAUAAAUGUUAUUAUUAGUCUGCUUAACUGACUCCCAAAUAUAUUAUUUUGGUUUAUGGUAUAGUAACUGUGGUCAUCUGAAUAUAUGCAAUAAACAAAAACUAUAUAUUUAAGAAUGAAAAGCCAUAAUGCAAAUGGUAGGGUCAUAUGGGUAUAGUUCAUAGUAUGUGCUAUACUGUACUACCUGAAUUAUGACAGCCUUAAGUACCAAGAAAUCUAAUGUUUAUUCCAGUUUAACGCUCGUGUGUCUACAUUUCCUUCAGGUAUUUUAAGGUUAUGUCCUGAACAUUUAGUGACUGGGUCUUUUUUUUAUUGUCAGUCAUUUUUGUUUUGCCAUUUUCCUACAGAUCAACACCCUUUUCUAUAGAUUUCUUACAUUUCCAACAGAUCUGUAAAACUAGCAAUACAUUUCUUACAUUUUCUGUAGAUUCCUAUAAACAUCUAUUGAUUUUGAUAGGAUUGAUUUUCAGUAAGGCCAGAACCACAAUGCCCCAAUGAAAUAGAUUUGGUUCAGAUUCUAAUCAGUGCUUAGAACAAUCACUAUUCAGAACAGGGUUCACAUUAGGGUACUAUACAUAUAUAGCUCUGUACUAUAGUUGGGCUUAAUUGUACCACAUUGUAGCACCACAGUGUGUACACACAGAAUUGUAACUGCAAUGUAUCCUGAUUUUAUCGCACUAUAUCCUGUAAUUGUCUAUGUAUAAAUAUGCUUUGUGUCACUGAAUAAAUGCCUUUCUGGUU